AAAGAAAGAAAAUGGAAGAUUUUAGAGGGUUGCUGGACAAAUCUGCCUCUUGGAGUUUAGAAGACGACAAAACCUUUUUAGAGAUUGUUAGAAAACUUUCUGUGGAUGUGACAGUUAAUUGUAACUCAGUUCUUACGAACAUUAGACGCAUCUCAACACACACAAAGUUGUUAGAAAUUAAGCUUGAAAAUGCUACGAACAAGUUAAUGCUGUUGUCCGACACCAAGUUUCUUGAGUCCAGGGUAUACGAGGGAACGGAUGAAAACUCGCAUCAUCAACAAGACGGAUUAGACUCAGAUCAAGAACGGGAAGUGGAGACGGCUCAAAAGCUUACAGAGGAACAGAUGGUAAGUGAAGUCUUAAGAAAUGGAUUUAAGAUGAUGAUGAAGAAAAACAACCAGGUUAAUGAGAGACAACAAAAUAUUCGAGCAUUACCGAGCAUAAUUGGCUCUGAGGAAUGGUUUAAAGACAAGUUUGUUCAAGAAGAGAAAACUAUUGUUGAAGAGGAAAUAUUGGCCGCUGAUUCUGAUAGUUUAAAGUAUCAAGAAAAAGAAGAGAAAGAAGACACUGUUUCUGAAAACAUGGUUUCUAAAAGUUCUUUACCAGAAAAAGAAGAUUUUAGACAAAACACGAAAGAAACGAAAUCUGCACCAGUCAAUCAAUCAAUUCAGUUCAGUGAUUCUGAAGAUGAUCUUGAAGAGUCAAUGAAAAUAAGUGCAAAAUUGGGAUCCAACACGAAUCUGUUUUCUUUGAAAAGUUCAGGAAGUUUAGAUUCAUCAUGUGAUUCUGAAACCAUGAAUUCACCGCACAAUGUUAGCGAGGAAAGUAUAAAACCUGAGGAGAAUAUUGAGGUGAAUGCAGCUAAAGAUGAACUAGAUGCUACAGAUAAAAAUGCUUUUAACUUUGCUGCAGAACUAUCUAAAAAGCUUGGGUUACCACCAUUAAUAAAACAGGAAAAUAAGCCUGUAGAAACUACUGCAAUCACGCAAGGACUUGGGGCACAAGAUUCUGGGUUACUAAAGUCUGAGACAAAAAUAGUUAAAUCUGAAAAAACAGCAGAAAAAGCUAAAACAUCCGUCUUGUUUGAUUCUGAUUCUGAUGAUGAUUUGUUCUCAAUUCCUGCAAGAAAACAAUUACCAAAAGUGGCCUCAAAGCAAAAGGAUCCAAUAUCUGUUAAAAAACCUUUGAUUGAACUCAACGAUGAAGAUAACAGUGUCAAAGAAGAUGCAAAUACAACUGAGGUCAAAGCCAAAGAGUCAGAACAACAUUACCCUACAAAGAAACCCACUCUUUUUAACUUUAGUGAUGAUGAAGAUGAAGAGUUUUUCAAGGAUUUGAAGAUUCAGAAAAAACCUCAGGAAGAUAAAGGAGUCAGUGAGAGGACCACACCAAGGACAGAAAUCAAAACCAGCUUGUUUGAUUUUGAUGACAAUGAUGAUGAUGAUGAUGAUGACUUCUUUCAAAACCUAAGUUUAUCAAAACAUGCAAGUGCUCCUUUAUCAAAUCUGGAAACUACUAUUGAAGAAAACGAAAAAGUGAAAAAUGUUUAUGAUGAUGCAGAAGAAUCCAAAACUGAGGAAAAAACUGAAUUUACAGAUGGAAAACAUUUUAAGGAUGAAGAAAACAGAACGGAUAUAAAAAGUUUGAUGGAUUCAGAACAAGAUGAAGUUACAGAAUUCAAGUUUCCGGAGAACUUGGUUCCUAUAUUAGAGAGUGUAACCAAGCAACGAGUACAAAUUCCCAGAGGGAGAAAACCCCAGUCAAGAACUAACAGAAGGAAUAUUUCGGCUCCACUGAACUAUAUGGACGGAAAGAACAUCGAUGAAAUUUAUGGAAACUCUUUUAUUUCUUCAAAGGAGGAGAUUCUUAACGAUCUUGAUCCGACAGAUGUUGGGUUAGUCGUGGAAAAAGAGAAAGCUUUUCCUACUCCGCAAUUUUUGGACAUGGUGGAUAAUCUCUCCGAGUCCGAUCUGUUCAUGUCGAAAUCUCCUCCUCCGCUUACAAAAAUGAAACCAGAUUCAAAAUCUAUAUUUGACGACUACUCCUCGGAUGAUUCUGACGACAUUUUUGCAAAUCUUUGAUGAUGAAAUACAACCUAAUAAUGAACUCCUAAUUUUAAUUUGUUCACAUUUAUAGUAGUUAAAGACAAAUAAAGUAGAUUUUAUAAAGUACA